AAAAGUUAAAAAAAGUUAAACCCAACCAAACAGUGUCAAGAAGAUCCAGUUCGGGAGUUGCGCGCCACUUGACAUCUUCUCGCCUUCAAAAAAGUAUGAAGGUCGGAUUUAACUUCUCGAACCUCCUCGGAACGGUCUACUGCAGCGGGAAUCUGGUGUUCACACCCGAUGGCAACUCGUUGCUCUCCCCCGUCGGCAAUAAGGUCACUUGCUUCGACCUCGUGAACAAUCAGUCGUUCACCUUCGGCUUCGAACACCGCAAGAACAUUGCGCGCAUAGCGCUGUCGCCGCAGGCCACGCUGCUGCUGUCGGUCGACGAAGACGGCCGGGCAAUCCUUACGAACUUCGUGCGGCGGAUGGUGCUGCACCACUUCAACUUCAAGUCGGAGGUGCACGACAUCCAGUUUUCGCCGGACGGGACGCAUUUCGCGGUCGCGACGGGGCGCAAGACCGAGGUCUGGCGCACGCCGGAUUACCUUGAGGAGCGCGAGUUCGCCCCGUUCAUCAAGCACCGCGAGUACACCGGUCACUACGAUGCCGUCAAUAGCAUCACGUGGAGCGGCGACUCGAGGUUCUUCUUGACUACGUCGAAGGAUCUCACCGCUAGGGUCUGGUCGCUCAAUCCUACGGAAGGGUUUGUUCCUACGACCCUGUCGAGCCACAAGGACUCCGUGGUCGGCGCGUGGUUCUCGAAGGAUCAGGAGAAGAUCUAUACCUGCAGUCGCGACGGAACGCUGUGCGAGUGGCAGUAUACGACGAAGCCCGGGCAGGACUAUGACGAUGAAGAUAUGGAGCGGGAGCUGCCCGAGCGGUGGUUCGUGGUCAACCGGCAUUACUUCCUGCAGAACAAUGCCAAGGUCAAGUGCGCGGCGUUCCACAAGGAGAGCAAUCUGCUGGUCGUGGGGUUCUCGAGCGGCGUGUUUGCGCUGUACGAACUGCCCGAUUUCAAUGCGAUCCAUACCCUGAGCAUAUCGCAGAACGGCAUCGAUUUCGUCACCAUCAAUGCCUCUGGAGAGUGGCUGGCGUUUGGGGCCUCGAAGCUGGGACAGCUGUUGGUGUGGGAGUGGCAGUCCGAGUCGUAUGUUAUCAAACAGCAGGGACAUUUUGACGCCAUGAAUGCGCUCACAUACUCGCCCGAUGGACAGCGGAUCAUCACCGCGGCCGACGACGGAAGGAUAAAGGUCUGGGACGCGACGUCUGGGUUCUGUAUAGUGACGUUUACGGAACACACGGCAGGAGUGACGGCGGUCCAGUUCAGCGCGCGGAAUCUUCUGUUCACCGCCAGUUUGGAUGGCAGUGUGAGAGCCUGGGAUCUGAUCCGAUACCGGAACUUCAAGACUUUCACUGCGCCCAGCAGAUUGCAGUUCUCCAGUCUGGCGGUCGACAGCAGUGGCGAGAUCGUGUGUGCUGGCAGCUUGGACAGCUUUGAUAUCCACCUGUGGAAUGUCCAGACCGGACAGCUUUUGGAGCGCCUAUCCGGCCAUGACGGGCCGAUAUCGUCGUUGAGUUUUGCGCCUGACGGAUCCUCGCUGGUGUCGGGAAGUUGGGACAAGACGGUGCGGAUAUGGAGCAUCUUCACACGGACGCAGACCAGUGAGCCCCUGCCACAGCAGGCCGACGUGCUCUCCGUCAUCCACCGCCCGGACUCGAAGCAGCUCACCGUCAGCACGCUCGACGGCCAGCUCACGUUCUGGGAGAUCGAGAACGCCGAGCAGCUGGGGCAUGUUGACGGCAAGAAGGACAUCUCCGGAGGACGAAAGAUAGCAGACCGUAUGACGGCUGCAAAUAACCCCGCCACGAAACACUUCAACUGCAUAGCCUACUCUGCGGACGGUACAUGUGUUCUUGCUGGCGGUAAUAGCAAGUACAUCUGCCUCUACGACGUAGCCUCGGGCAGUCUGAUCAAGAAGUUCACCGUCUCCGUCAACCUCUCCAUCGACGGCACCCAGGAAUUCCUCAAUUCCAAGAACCUGACCGAAGCUGGGCCGAUGGACCUGAUCGACGACCAAGGCGAAGCCUCGGACCUCGAAGACCGUAUCGACCGCUCCCUCCCUGGUGCAACCCGCGGCGAUCUUUCUUCGAGAAAAGUCCGUCCCGAGAUCCGAGUCACUGGCAUCAGCUUCUCUCCCACGGGCCGGUCCUUUGCCACCGCGACAACGGAGGGCCUCAUGAUCUACUCCCUAGACAACGACCUCCUCUUCGACCCCUUCGACCUAGACGUGGACGUGACCCCGGCCACAACGCUGCACGCUCUCACGGCCGAGAAAGACUACCUCAAAGCCCUGGUCAUGGCGUUCCGGCUCAACGAAAAGUACCUGAUCCACCAAGUGUACGAGGGCACGCCUGUCGCCGACGUCAAGCUAGUCGCCGGCGCCGUGCCGCGAGUCUACCUGUCGCGGCUGCUGCGCUUCGUGACGGGCUUCAUGGAGGAAGGCCCUCACGUCGAGUUUGGCCUCGUCUGGAUCGAGGCCAUCUUUGAGAGCCAUGGUAGGUGGGUCAUGGAUAAUCGUGGAGAGGUCGAGAGCGAGAUGAGACGCGUCGUUAGGUGUCUCAAGCGUGUGCAGAAUGAGGUGGCUAGAUUGGGUGAUGAGAAUGGAUAUGCGCUGGAUUACCUGCUGUCGCAGCCUAGGAAACAGGAGGAGAAACAGGAAGCAGAGGAGGCAGAUGAGGAGUGGGAAGGGCUUGAGUAGCGUAAAUAUGAUCUUUUGUUAUAUAGGAUAGUAAUUCGUGUUUGGUUUUGGUUGCAUUGGGUAUAGAAAAGUUAUUUGAUUCUCC